UUUCCAGCCCAAACACAUGCCCAUUGUCCUCCGCAGCUGGACACAAGAAGAGAUAAGGAGAAGGAGUAUCUCUCCUCCUUACAUUCCAUAGUCAAGGUGUUGCAUUCCGAUCCUGUCCAUGGGAGGGAGACGCAGCCGUCGCCGUGGCAACUCAAUGACUUGUCUACUGCUUGGAAGAAAAGCAGGUCGCAGGUGAGACCGACAGUGAUGUCACAGUGGACUCUUCAUUGUCAUAGUAACACAUCUUACCUGCUCGAUGCUUGUUUGCUGGCCGCGACGCCGACGGACCGACGCUCCAAAGGAGAGACGCUGACAGGAAAACUCCUCCUCUUUGGCUCCUUGACUUCGUUCUCCAUAUUCACGCCCAGCUUUGACCCGUUUGCAUGCUGGAACACAGGAUGGAAUAUAGCGACGCUCAACUGGCGGGAAGCAAAGAAAAUAUAAACUGGAGACGUCUCCAUGGAAACCCUGACCUCCGUUUGGGCCCCCGGCGACCCCUGUGACCUCGUCGAGGCGCCGCGCGUGUGGGAGGCGUGUGUGUUCAACAGGGCUCCCCCUGCUGGCGUCUUUUGGUCAGAGCAGCUCUCUCAUCACCUGCAGAGGAACAAACAGCUGCAGGACACGCUGGUGCAGCGCGAGGAGCAGCUGAGUCGCCUCCAGGAGGAGAACAACAAACUCCGAGAGUUCCUCAACUCGUCCUUCGUCAGGAACGUGCGGGAGAAAAGCAAAUUGAGCAGGAAGCUGAAGAGGAACAACGAGCGCGCCUCCUUCCAGAACGUCCCUCAGGUCAGCAAACGUGUCUGCAGGAACCUCACCGCCGAGUUCUGCUCGGAGUCGCCGGCCUCGUCGGAGCCGGCUUUGGACCUGUGGGUUCUGAGGACGCUGGGCCUGAAGGACAGAGACACCAUCGACGCGUGCCAGCAGGUUUUAGAAGUCACACCGCCGCCUGCUGAGAGUGGCCCGGAAGGUCCGCUAAGUCGUGCCGACUGGACUCCACAGGACCCCGGUCCCCCGGUCCACAUGUCCACACAGUUCAGCCAGCCACCACACUUCUGCUCCUCCGCUCAGCAGCUCCCCUCCACCCCCAGGGACCCCCCGGUCAGUCCGCGUCACGUGUCCCCCCUCCCAAGUCCAGUCCACAGUGGUCCCUCACGUCCAUCGGACUUGGCCUUCAGUAUGGCCCUCAGUCCCUCCAGCAGCGUCAAGACCCACAGCUUCCCUCAGGGACAAGCCUUCGUCAGGAAAGACCCCGUGGGACGCUGGAACUUCACCUGGGUUCCCGCGCUGGCGUCCCACAAUGCACUUGGGUGACUUCAAUGACAAACUAGCUAACAAACACAACUGCCGAUUUUUAGAUGAAAUAGAAGGAAUGAAAUAAUGUGCUGCUAACUUAGACUUGUAAUAAACUUCUUAUUAGUUUUAUAGUGUAGAAAAAGGUAGUUUAAAGCUGCUCUGAUGUGUGGCUAACCCGCUAACUAGCUAAGACGCUAACAAGCAGCAGCACACUUUAAUCAUUAAAACAUUUUUUUUUAAAGAUUGUUGGUGCCACCAAAGACUACAAAAACAACAAUAAAACAUUG